AUGCUUGCGCAUCCUUUGCCGCUGCUUGCUCGCGCCGAUAUAGAACGACGUAUCUCGGCUUAUCAAUUGCGUACGAUUGAUUCUGUCGAAGAUGAGUCUUCGUCCUCUGGCAGGGAAGAUAGUUCUCCUGAAUCGCCCAAUCAGUUCCAGCAGCAACAGCAGCAGCCGGGCACUUAUGGUCAAUAUUUGGGCGUUAAUGGGCAGGUACAGCAUCAGGGUCGCUCGCGCACUAAGAAGACAAAAGUACGCAGCAAGUCCUUGCAGCCGCCUACUAAUGUUGUACCUUGGCGCAAGUCCUCGCGUCCACACCGUGGACGCUCACUAGACAAGCAGCCAUUCCUGCCGGGUUUCAAGCCAGAGCCAGUUAAGUCUUGGACCGAAGAAACAAUUAGUUUAAAGGCCACGCCCAUUGAGAAAAAGAAACCGACACCUAAGCUAGAAGCCGCUCAAGUUGUCCUCAAGUCCAUCAAGACUGAAAGAGAUCAGGGCAUCAUGAGUCUGGGAGCUACUUUGGAGCAAAUUAUUGCUGGCAAGACUGAAAAGGAGGCCGUGCCUUGGAUAACAAUGCGUGAGAAGCUUAAGCAGGUGGAAAGUGUGCAGCAACAGUUGAGCAAAUUCGACCUUGAUGAGGUCUACUUGCGACCGUUGGAAGGUCAAAUCGAAACUGACCAGCAACUGCCACAGCAAGCCCAGGUAGAGCAAGUGCAGCGCACCAAGGAAAUACAGCGCCUUAAGAGCAUGGAAAGCGUGGAAAUCAUGGAAAUGACUGACCAGAUUGAUAAGCUCAUUACACAGCAGCAGAAUAACAAGGAUCUCAUUCCAUGGAAGGAGAUGCGGCAGCAACUGAAAAGCGUGCAGCGGGUAACCAAGCAAAUGGACAAGUUUAAGAUUGAGGAGGUUGAGCUGCGUCAUCUGCAGGCCCAACAGAGUAUCGCCGAAGAAUUCCAGAGUGCUACCCAAGAUACAGUUGUCAUGACUAUCGACGAUAGCUCUAAGAGCUCAAUUUCUAAGAUCAUGACACGCGAUGAGAUUCAGCAUUACGAAGAUCAAUCCAAUAUCUACAAGCAACAGUUCAUAACCACUGAAGAUGUUAACAUAAUGCAUGUUUCAGAGCGCGAGAAGCUCGAGGCCCAAAGGCUGCUCAGAGAACAACAAGCUGUCAACUGGAGGCAGCAGCAACAGCGUCCUCAACUGCAGCCACUAACCUCAGUGGAGGACACAAUCUCACAGACCAGCGAACGACAUAAGAUUGUACAGCAGCAAAGCCUUAUCGAGGAGGGACAACGUCAACAGUUUGUGCAAGUCGAGGACUCUCAGAUGAUGAGCAUUGAGCAAUACGAACACCAAAAGAUGAUCAACCAGCGCACUCAAGGGGAAUCCUUCAACUGGCGCCAACCACGUGAGCCACAGAAGUUUAUUCAGGUCGAGGACUCAUCUCUGCUACACCUGCAAGAGCGACAAGAUACACAGGAGCAGAAGUUUAUACAGCCGCAGCCCGUUAUGUGGGAGCGUGGUAUGAAAAAGCCGGAGCCUGUGCAGCCCCAAGCUCCUGUUCCACAACAAGAACAACAGUAUGUGGAGAAACCAAAGACGUACGAGGAAAUGCACGAUGAGUUAAUUGAACCUGUUCCAGUCCAGCAGCCGGAACCAGUGCCAGUUAUGUGGGAGCGUGGCAAGAAGAAGCCUAUUCAACCACAAGAAAAGACAUAUGAAGAACUACACGACGUGCUGGAUGAACCG